AUGGAUGGUCAACAUGAGCCAUCAGAUUCCCCCACCAACGGGUUGACUGACCACGGAGCGAUUCUCCUUACCGGCGGCACCACUGGAAUCGGGCUGGGCACAGCCCAGGAGCUCGUGCUACUCGGUUUUCGCAAGUUCAUCUUAGGGUAUGCUACACAUGACGAACACGCCAAUGUGGCCAAAAGUAACCUGGAACAGAACAAAGGGGUUAAGGUGGUUCUGGUCAAAGGCGAUGUGUCCGAAAAGAGAACGGUGGAGGAGAUUUUCAAGGUCGUCGACGAGGACUUCGGUGGCUCCUUAUAUGCUAUUCUCCACACAGCCGGGGGUAUGCUACCCAUAAAUGAUGAAGAACCAGAGAAAACGUUUGACGCCUUCACAGAACUGUACCCGAAGGCCUUUUGGCGGCUGGUGGAGCGAGGAGUGCCUUAUAUGGAGUAG